UCCGUCAGUCAGUGCGUCCUCCGCCCGCCCGCUGAGCGUCUCUCUGUCCACACGCGCGCAGUGAGGGUGCAGACAGGACCGGCUGUGGGAUUUAUUAUUCCGAGUCAACACCUGGAUUACCAAACGCCAAAUUUGUAUUUUUCCUAAUUUCUUACUUUUUCCGACUUCUGGGCUUGAAAAACAACCUGCCAUCAUGUCUCAGGCUCCAGAUGAUGUGAGCAAGCUUACUGAAAGUACAUACAAGAAUGUGAUGGAGCAGUUCAACCCAGGCCUGAGGAAUCUGGUCAACCUCGGGAAGAGCUACGAGAAAUCAGUCACAGCGAUGACUCUGGCUGGGAAGGCCUAUUUUGAUGCAGUCUCAAAGGUCGGAGAGAAUGCCAUCGUGUCUCCGGUCUCCAGAGAGCUUGGUGUGGUUCUGAUGGAGAUCUCAGACGCCCACAGGAAGGUCUACAAUGAACUGGAUGAGAACUUCAAGACGUUCCACAGGGAGGUUAUUAUUGAGCUGGAGAAGAAGACAGAGAUGGAUGUGAAAUACAUGAACGCCACCUUCAAGCGCUACCAGUCGGAGCACAAGGUGAAGCAGGACUCCCUGGAGCGCUCUCAGACAGACCUGAAGAAGCUCAGGAGGAAAAGUCAGGGAAAGCACUCAUCCAAGUAUGAGAUCAGAGAGAACGAGUAUGUGGAAACCAUUUCGUCGCGCCAGGUGGACAUGCAGAAGUUCAUCGCUGAUGGCUGCAGAGAGGCCUUACUAGAAGAAAAAAGACGCUUCUGCUUCCUGGCGGACAAACAUUGCAUGUUCUCCUUUCAAAUUAGCAACUUCCAUGAGAAAGCCAAAGAGAUGCUGGCCGUGCGGCUCCCCAGCUGGCAGGAAAAGUGCAGCGACAUCACCAAGGUGCCGGACACGGUGACCACCAUGAUAGAGGAGCUGUCCCCCACUCCAAAACAAUCGCCUGUGCUUGAACAUUACAACAGGAACAACGUGGAGUCAAGGGUGCCUCCUCCAGCGCCGCAACUGAAGGCACAGAUCAGCCCGCUAGCCAACAUGUUCAACCCAGAGGCCAGGAUUCCUUUCAGCCCCCCGUCAGACCACAACUCAGACCAGGGCAGUCUUGGAGAGGUCAGUAUGUCGCGGUCGACAUCCCAGUCGUCCGGUCUCAAUGUGGGCAGGAAGCACAGAGUUCAGACCGUCUUUCCCCACACGGCAGGCAACAACCACACACUCCUCAGCUUCGAGGAAGGCGACGUCAUCACUCUGUUCAUCCAAGAGGAGAAGGACGGUUGGUUGUACGGAGAGCUGGAGAAGACACAGCAGCGGGGCUGGUUUCCUUCCUCUUACUGCACACCUUAUACUGAAGCAGUGAUAUCAAACAGCAAUUUUGGCACGCCGGUGCAUAGUCUGAGCGUGGCCAGCCUGCAGGAGCAGGAGGAGGAGGAGCCUGUGUUGCUGCCGCCGCCCGACUACAGCGACGUCACCCCUUCUCGCCCAGUGGUCCCUUCAACGCCCUCGCCACAGAACAAGGUUUCGUUAGUCAAUGGGACUGCAAAGGUUCCCUUUCUAGGAGGAGGGAAUCCAUUUGCCAGAGUCAAGCUGAGACCAACAGUCACGAAUGACAGAUCAGCACCACACGUCUAACACAAAAGAUGAGGAUUUUCACCGCUGUCAUGCCUUCAGGGGAAUCAUGCAACAUUGGACCCCUGCGACACACUAAACCCGACAUCUCACCGGCCUGCAUGCUUGUCUCCCUCAGUACCGGUCUGCUCUAUUAAAGGAAUCCAUUGUUUCUUGGCACAAGUGUGUGUUGACAGUGCCAGUGUGUGUUUUACAUUAGCCGCAACGGGGAAAUAUUGCAUAAUCAACACAUGGAGAAGCAGGAAUUCCAAGAUUUUUGUUAAAGUAAGAAAUCACCCCAAAAUGAAAAUUUAGAAUAUGUACGCGAUCAAGAUCCUGCACAGGAAUGGCGGAGUCCACCACUACUAUAGUGUGUAGAUAGGUAAUUACUGAAUGAAAAUACUUUAAAUGGGACUAAAAUAAAGCCAUCGGGGCUUUUCUAGUUUCUAGUGACACGCUAACAAGGAGAUACCUGAACCCUCAUUUUGGGUGAACUGUUCCUUUAAGAUGCAAAAAAGAUGCUUAGACAGUGUCAUAAGGCUUGUUUGUGCUGCAGUCAGUGCAGUGUUUUCAUAUAAAAUGAAGAGAUCCAGAUUGACUUGAUGCUGACAAGGAAGACCAUGCAUCUAGGCCGUCUACCUAACUUGCCAAAAAUAUAUUGUCAUUUCUGUUUUUGUUAUAAUUAUUUUUGUCUUUUGUUUUCUUAAGAGGCGUUAUGAUAUACAAAGGUUGUGAGAAUGAAGAGAGAGUGACAGUGUUGGGAAAAACGUCAUUUGAGUGAAGGCAAAACAGUAUGUCACUGUUUAAAAUGAGAAGGCUAUUUAUAUACACUUAAGUUUGUAUGAGAUACUUAAAUAAAAAAUAUGUGUGCAGAAGUCCAUUCUGUGAAGGCUCCCUUUUGAAUACGAUCCCAAGAUCGCUUUAAUCUGACUGCUGGUCUAUUUAAACGGGCAAUGACCUUUUGAUGAAGGGAAUUUGUUUUCACUCCUCAUGGUUUCACUGUUGUUCAAUGUAGAUUCUGUGUAUAAUGCACAGUUUAUACAAAAUAAAAAUGCCCCGGGUAGACAUUUGCAUUGUAUGAAUAAAGUGGGUCAUUGUUUAAAAGUAUUAACUGUUUUGUGAAACACUUUUUUGUUGCCAUGUCUUUGCUUUACAGAAUGGAAAUGUGUGAUGAGGAAGUGACAGAUGAAACAGUUGAUUGAUCCUCAUAGACCCUCCUGUGUGUGUGUAAGUGAAGCCAUUGUAGUUAUUGCCUCAUGCUUUCUGCAGAGUACCUACUCACAUGUAGGGGGGGAGACUGAUGUAGUCUUUUUUUUCUCAAUAAAACAAGGUAAAGUAAAAGUUUGCAUAAUUAGUGUUCGUGUUACUGCCUCACAUUCGGGUAUAUUUUAGUGGAAAACCGGGAUGAAAGAGAUUACCUGUUUUUACUCUGUGAUUUUAGAAGCUUAGUUGAAUAUUAUCAAACUAAUUGCCAUACAAACAUC